CUGAUAAGCCAAACUGGUAACACAAGUCUGAUUUCCCCUUUCACAGCAUGUCUGGAGAAGAUGAAAAACCUGAAGAUCUGAUUCAGAGAGAUCCUGUUCAGGAAGAACUGCUGACCAGACUUCAUGGCGUGGGACUCUGCUCAGAGUACUGGCUCCCUAAGCUACGGGACAAACUGGGGGUUACCUCUCUACAAGCUUUGAAACACCUGCAGUAUGAAGACUAUCUAAAGCUUGAGUGUGAAACGUGGUACCCAUGGGAAAAGCGGGCACUUCAACAGCUUCUCAAAUUAACAGACAGCAAGACAACAAUGAAGCAGCUGCAGGAAGAGUGCUUGGAGAGGCUACAGAAGAAGCAAGAAAAAGCCAAGCUAGCACUGGAGGAGCUAAAGGAAAUGCAGGAAAGUGGCCGAAGCCGCCACGAGGAAGAGGUGAAAUGCAAAGAGGAACGCCUGUGGCAAGCAAUGGAUGUACCCCGCGAGUACUGGGUGGCGUCUGAGAAGCCUUUGGUGGAGGUGAUAGAGAACAUGCAGAAGCAACUAAACCUCCUGGAGGAGUCGGUGUCCAAGGGGGAGAACAUCCCCGACGAGGAGGUGCUGAGGCGGGCGUCAGGAGGGCUGGCCCUGCAAGGCAUUUACAGAACAGACAAGCUUGAGGACCUGCUGGAGAAGAGAGAGCCGCUCAUAACCGUCCCGUACAGAUUCAAGCUCUCCAGCCCAGAGCAAGGGUCCCUGUUUGAGACGAAGGCGUUUUCCUCGUCCAGAGAAGAAUCCACCUUCACCAAGACCAUAGAGAAGCUGGGCUUCAGCACGAGUGUUGCAGCCAAAGGUGGAUUCUGGGGGUUUAGUGCCGAAACCAGCACAGAUUACAGCACAGCUUCAGAACAUGAAGAAACCCACAGGUCCCGCUGUGAGCACACGUACAUUUGCACUGCCAAGUACAGCUACAUCCCGCUGGCCUCCUGCUACUUCCCAAAGGACCAGCUUCGACUGUCCAGGCCAGCACUGCAAGAGCUAACAGGGAUCGAGCAGCUUCUGAGUCACACCCCGGAGCCAGACAGGCUGGAGAUGCUGAAGAGCCGCUGCGGGGGUUUCUUCACCAGAUUCGGGUCUCAUGUCAACCAGGGCCCCCUCCACUUCGGUGGGAUCUUCUGGUGGAAAGCAUCUUCUGAGGGAUUUCGGGCAGAGCAGCUGGACGAGGUGAAGAAACAGACAUCGGAUGCCCUUAACUCCUACGUAGGGGGCAGCUUCACGGGCUUUGGUUUCAGCGCUGCAGGGGUGGUUAAGGUAUCAGCGUCGAACUCUGCAGCAUCGCUCCAGGGCACAGGGAGGAAAAACCAGGAAACAAAGAUUCGGCUGUUUGCGACCAAGAUGGGAGGCCCCCCUGACGUGGAUGCUCUUGCACGAUGGAAAUCGGAACUUGUGAUGAAUAACAAAACCUGGUGCGUUAUAGACCGAGGCCUCCAGCUGAUCCCAGUGUGGGACAUGAUCCUGGCCAAUCACAGACAGGACUUUGCCGACGUUCAUCAGGUAAGCAAAAGUCUCCGGGCUGCCUACGCAGCACUGACAAACCAAAGCACCAGCCCGUUGUUUGGAGAGGGAUUAAUUAGCGCAGUAGAUGAGGCGAAGGCAUUCUUGGAGGAUCUGAAGACCUGGCACGUCACUGGGGAUGAAGAGCAGUUGUUGAAGUUAAUGGACUUCAAACAGAAGUUGAAUGAAAGAACAAAGAACUACAGCGUGUGGAUCAGUGUCUGCCUGUCAGACAAGGGGCUUCAGGACUUCUUAGAAAAGACAGUUUCUCUGUGCAGAGAGUUGCCGGCACAAAACACCUUUUCCAUCAGAUCUCAGCUGCGCUGCCUUCUGGACCCUCACGUCUACUCCGUGAAGAACUUCCCCCGAUCCUCUCUCGUUAUGCAGUGGGUUUUCCACACCGAGGAUGUGAGUCCAAACCCCGUCAGCGUCUCGGACUUUCCAGCCCUUACUGAGACACUGCAGCAAAUGAAGAGUUACAUACAGGAGGUCACCUACGAGCCACUGUCCUCUGCAGCAGCCGUUCAAGAAGCAAAGGUGAAGGCUACAACACAUGUCAGCUUGGCUUUGUCUUCUCUACUGGAGGGUCUGCGGGAGAGAGCACAGACGGACACAGAACUGCUACUGCUCUCCAUUGCCGCCAGCACCGGAUACCAGGUGGAAAGCCACACCUUUCAGCACCUCCUUGGAAGUCCCGACAUUAACUUCAUGCUAAGGGAAAUGCAAACAGCACAUGAAGAAUAUUUGACUCUGAGGGAUGGGGCUGUUUACAGAGCUCAGGCUUUCCUGCUGCUGACGUGUCUGACAAUAACCCCCGAAUCCAGAGAUGUGUCUCCAGAGCAAAAGAGCAAGCGACUGGCUUUUGUAGAAGGUCGCAUGGGAGACUCGUGGUGUCCUGAAAUGACAAGUGUCCUUCGAAAGUAUAGGGCAUGGCGUGAUUGGGAAGGCCUGGAAGGAGACUUGAAGUCCCUCAUAGAGGGAGACGUUGAAGCCACAAAUGAUGAUAAAAAGAAAUACGGUAUAAGAAAAGAAAUGGAAGAAAUCUUUCAAGGGACAAAAGCUUCAGAUCUACCACACUCCAAACCUCUUGUGAAAUCCAGCAGUGGCCAAAUGCAGGAAACUACUGAAAACCAAGCGUUUCUGAAUUUAUUGAAGCGACUGGGACUUGCCAGCUAUUAUCCACAGAAAAUGGGGCGAGCAGAUUUCCACAUCAUUUACAAGACCUCUGUGCAUGACAGCCAGCCCAGCAAGGACAGUGAGCUGCCAUUUUAUUUUUUGCAAAAGCUGAUGAUGCUGGACUACCGUGUAAGGUACCUGGUUUGCAAGGAUGACACGAAAACUGAACAAGACCCAGCAAAUGCACCAACAACCCAAGGCAAUGAGGACGAAUCCUCCGAUACAUUUGAUGACUUUUUUAAUGACUUCAGUGAGGAAGCCAGUGAAUCUGCCAUCAGUCAGACACACGUGCAUCCAAUGGACAUCCAGAUGGCAAUUUUUCACUGUGCCGAUGAUUUCAUGAGGCAAUACGUUUGCACAAAGCUUGCGCUCUGCCAGUUUGCCCUCCCACUGCUGGUGCCAAGUCCUCGUGGCUCCCAGAUACAAUUCCCUCUUUGGGCCCUUAGCCUGCUCCACAAGAGCUGGAAAGGCGCUGAGCAAUCUGGAGUGGGCACGACAACUAAAACUACCAAAAACAAACUGAUUUACCGAGUGGACACCCCAGUGGUGUCCUUCAUGCGCAUUGGGGAUUCUCCUGCUUCUUCUAAGUCUCAGAUCCUGAACGCGCUGCUGAGCAAGCACAAGCACAAUAUCUUUUUCCAUCGUCAUUGCAGAGGCAGCAGCCAAGACUGCCUCCUAAUGAGAGGAGUUGUGGAAAUCUUCUGGUAUUGUCCGGGUGGGAGAGAUGACGAUCGAUUUGACAACUGCAUUGCCUUUACUAACCUGCACGGAGAUGCACGAGAACACGAGCAACAAAUCCAGUUCUUACAGGAAGUUUCUUCUAUUAAUGUGCUUCUCAUCACUGAGUCUGGUCAGAAGGACGAAAAAGGCAUGAAAAUUAUACAUGAUCUCUGGCAAUCUGAAAAACCUCUGAUCUGUCUUCUUGCUGACAAAGAGAAGGUUGUGGCUGGAAGAUCUACCCAGAACAUCAAAAUAGCCCUCAAGAACAGGAACGAAGCAGAGCUGAUAGACGAGCUGACCACAACCAUUACGCAUUUCCUGGCAGGCUCACCCCGUACUGUCAGUCUGGAGGCCUGUGGAGAGAUCGCUCGCCAGCACGGUUUCCUCAUUGAUGAAGACAAGGAAGAGUGUAAGGAAGCCAAAGCUGUGGCACAGGAUCUGGUGGAGCUCUUGAAAGAGAAUAAAUUGCAUGACAUCAAGGAAAAGCUACUGCCCUUGCAAGGAGAGUUGUGGCACAAGUGGUGCAGAAAGGACAAAGAACUUACACGCCUGCAGGACAAAGGGGACCGAAGCAUUGAGCAGCACCGGAGUGAGAUUGAGUCAGAAAAGUCUGUGAUACGAAAUAAGCAGCUGAAAAGAGCAUUCCUCCUCAAUGACCUGAUGAGGUCCAUGCUUGAAUUUCUCCAGAAACAUCCAGAGGCCACCAAAAAGUACUUCUUGCAGUGGAUGAAAGUCUUCAUGGAUGACCUGUCCUCCGACCGGCUUGCAGCUCUUCAGCAAAAUUAUCAUAAAUUGUGGUCUGAUAUCUUGGCACAAAAGAAAAAAGGAGGCGAUGGUGGCUUGAAAAAUAAGCUAAGAAAGUUAGAGGCACUCUCAAAUGAAAUAAAUGAUUCUACCAUUGGCCUUGAGCACAUUUUGAGAGAGGUUGGGCAGAUUUAUGAAGCUUUGGAGGCCAUGAAUGAAAGGGAUAAAUGUUUUCAUGAACUACCUCAAAUUGCCGCUGACCUGAUGGUUUCAGGGUAUCCCGUUGAGCUGAUGGACGGUGACGCUUCCUACGUGCCACUAAAAUGGGUGGGAGCAGUUUUUGACAGAUUGAUUGAGAAGCUGGGGGACAAAAAGGUGUUUGUUCUCUCGGUGCUCGGCAUCCAGAGCACUGGAAAAUCAACACUGCUCAACGCCAUGUUUGGCCUGCAGUUCAGCGUCAGUGCAGGGCGAUGCACCAGGGGAGCUUUUAUGCAGCUCAUUAAAGUGGAUGAGAAACUCCAACAAGAUCUGCACUUUGAUUACUUAUUUGUAGUUGAUACUGAGGGGCUUCGGGCCAUGGAGCUGGCCAAUAAACUGUCACUUAAUCAUGACAACGAGCUGGCCACUUUCGUCAUUGGCCUCGGCAACGUGACGUUAAUCAAUAUAUUUGGAGAGAAUCCCUCAGAAAUGCAGGACAUCCUUCAGAUCGCAGUGCAGGCUUUUCUGAGGAUGAAGCAAGUCCGUCUCUCCCCAGGCUGUUUGUUUGUGCACCAAAAUGUUGGCGACAUCGCUGCAAAAGAGCAGAACAUGGAAGGACAAAGGCGCUUGCAGGAAAAGUUAGAUGAAAUGACGGUCACAGCAGCCCAGCAGGAGUUCUGUGAUGCCACCUGCUUUAACGAUGUGAUCCGGUUUGAUGUGAACAGCCACAUCCACUACUUUGCUCACCUGUGGGAAGGGAACCCCCCCAUGGCCCCUCCAAAUCCCAGUUACAGCCAGAACGUGCAGGACCUGAAGAACAGCAUCCUCGCAGCUGCCAGACACGAAUCCCAGGGCAGGGUCUUACAGCUCUCAGGAUUAAAGGACCGCAUCGGCGACCUGUGGAGCGCUUUGCUGAAUGAGAAUUUUAUUUUCAGCUUCAAGAAUUCACUGGAGAUUGCAGUGUACAAGAAGUUAGAAGUGAUGUAUGGCCAAUGGACGUGGCAGCUGAGAAGCCACAUACUGGAUUUGGAAACGAAACUGAGCAAUCGCAUUCGGAACGGAGACGUGCUCCCGGUCAGCCACGGAAAUCUGGAAGGACAGGUUCAAGCAAAGUACAGUGCCAUCAUGAAGGAGUUUGAAGAGUAUUUCAGUGAGGACAAGGACUCGGAGAUGUUGAUCCAGUGGAAAGGCAGCAUUGAACUGAAGCUGAAAGAUCUGAAGGAGUCACUUGUGGCAGAAACAAAAAAGAAAUGUGAAAAACUCAUUGAACUCAAGAAGAACCAAAACAAGUUAGAUGCAAAGAAGUCAGAGUAUGAGAAUGAGCUUCUCAAAAGAAGCAAAGUUGUGGCUCUGUCACUAAAAGGCAAGGAACUGAGUGAACGCGAACUGAGACGCAGCUUUAACUCCCUCUGGACUAAGUGGGUCAGACAUGUGUCCUCAGUGGCUCCAGCUGCUGAAGAGCUUGAUAUUAAUGUUGACCUGGAGAAUAUCCUCCUGGAGCGUUUUAAACAGCCUAAUCUAGCAGGAAGAAUUAAGGAUUUCUCUAGGGAAAGUAAGUUUUCUGUUGAUUUUUCUAAACAUAUUUGCAAAAAGAAAAAUUUGUUCAACAUUUUAGGCUGCAGCUUAAAUGAAUGUGACAAAAGGAACAUAGAGCAAAUCACAGGUCAAAUCAUGGACCAUGUCAAAGAAUAUAUUGAUCAGAAAGAGCAAGAAAAAGUGGAUUAUAAUCGAGUUUACUUUUAUGAAAUACUGAGUGAAAUUAAGGCACCUAUAAACUCUCUACCCAACACCUCAAAAUAUACCUUCAAUACAGAUUAUGAAAUAGAUCUAUCUUUGUACCUAUGCAAAAGGGCAGCACAAAGGUUUGAAGAUAUGCACACAGCCUUUAAAAAAGCAAAUGAUCCAGCUUUGUACCUGGAAAGCAAGAGAGAAGAUUUCUUCAAGUGCUUUCAGAUUUCCUGCCAAGGCGCCACCUCCAUCACAACGUUUGCUGAUUUCUUAUGUGCCAAGCUGUCUGCAGCGCUUCCCCAGGCAGUGUACGACAAGACUGCCAAUGACAUCGCCGGUGAGAUGAGGGCCAACUAUCCAGCCUUCAAUGGCAAUCGAUCCAAACUAGAUGCCUAUGUUCUGAAGUCCCUGGCAGAAGAGGAAAACUUUGAGAAGUACCAGAAGUACAUUCACUUCCCAAAGGACUUCGCAGAGGGUUUUAUCAAAACGUGUGUUGAGGAUUAUUCUUUAGACAAAAAAAAUCCAAGACUGAAGACUGUCUUAAGUAGUUCUCUUGAUACUUUGCGCUCUCGUGUUGUUUCAGCUAUUGAUGUCUCUACUAGGGUGGUCAAAGACAGAAGUGGUGAUGUAUCCUCAUGGCUGGAUGAGUUCUGCAGCAGACUUGGACAAGAUCUGUGCUUUCCAAGAAGUGAUCUGAAAAGCAUUGAACACCAGGAGAUUACAGAUAUAGAAUUUCUGAAGAAAGCAAUGAAUGAAGCAUUGGAUCCAGUGAUAGAAAAGCUAAGAAAGGGCUUUGCUGACACUGGUCUGCACUCAUUGAGAAAGAAACCACACACAAUCCUAGCUGAGCAGCUGGGUGGGUGCUGGGAGCAGUGUCCCUUUUGCAAAGCUGUGUGCACCAACACCAUAGCUGAUCAUGAUGGAGCCCACAGUGUUUCCUUCCAUCGUCCUAAAGGUGUGAGUGGAUGGCACUGGUCCACAACAAACCAUCUUGUUACUGAUAUUUGUUCCAGUCUUGUAGCAAGUGAUGGCUCUUUUUUACUUCACGAUGGUCGCAAGUUCCCAUACAAGAAGUACCGAGAGGUGGGACAUCCGUUUGACACCUGGAACAUCACGCCUGACACAUCAGUGCUGCCUUACUGGAAAUGGUUUGUGUGUCGUUUCAGGGAACAGUUAGAAAAGUGGCAUGAUAAAAAAUUUGAAGGCAGAGGAGAAAUUCCUUCCCAGUGGAAAGAUAUUGAAAAAGUGGUCGUUCUUUCAGAGCUGGAAAACUUAUUAAAAUAGUCAGUUGAAAGAAUUUUUAGAAUCAUGGAAACUGGUUUCCAAUUUAGAAACCAUAAGAAAAAAACUUAAUUUUCACAAAUUGUUAUUAAUCAUAUCUUGUUUCAGAAAGCUAAUUAUAUAAGCAAAGCUAUAUUCUAACCAAUGCACCAAAUGCCCUGAUGGAAGAUAUGUAGGAGAGACCAAACAACAUCUGCACACCAGAAUGAACGCACACCGGACAUCUAUCAAAGACAGAAACACCCAAUUACCGGUGACAUUUCUCACGGGAGGGCCACUCUCUCUCCAAUCUCGCAGUCCUGAUCCUCAAGGGAAACUUACACAACACGUCCCAGAGACAAGCCUAUGAGCUCCCUUGCAUCCACCUCCUGGAUACUAGAGAUCAGGGACUAAACACAGACACUGGAUUUUUGAUACAUUAUAAUCUGCCUGGCAACUGCCUCCCCAGCCCAGUCCCUGGCUUCUUCACUUUUCAUCCCAUCCAGGAAGAGCGCGCACCAACUGCUGACACUUC